AUGACAGACUCCAUAACUCGCCUUCAUAUUUCGCCUCUCACACCAGCACUGCUGGAUUCCGUUCUAAACCCGUCGAUCCGACCCUUAGCGACCGACAUUUCCUUCCAUAAUAUAGCUACAUUCCCCGAAAACGAUUACGGUUUCAUUACUCUACCGUCAAUGGAGGCAGAUAAAUUAAAGAAAAAGCUGAAUGGGUCUAUCCUAAAAGGCAAAAAAUUCAGAGUUGAAGCUGCACGAGAAGACCCGAAGAAGAAAAAGGCCACGACAAUUGAGAAGGAUGUGUCUCCCAAACCGACAAAGACCUCGUCAAAACGAAAAGCGGAGGAUGCGGAGGACAACGUACUUGAUGGAUAUGAGCUACCCGCCGACAGACAAGUGAAACGAGGAUGGACUGAACCCGCGAGCGCAAAGAGGUUAAAGAAACAGAAAAAGGCCGACAAAGAAGCUUCCAAGUCCAAAUUACAACCCAAGUCCAAAUAUACCGAAAAGGAAGAAUGUUUGUUUAGGAUGAAGAUGCCGCCGAACAAGAUGUCUGAAACUAUUUCGAAGAAGAACAAGUCUAAAAAGACCAGAACACCGAACGAAGUGGUAGUCCAUGAAUUCGCGCAGACGUUCACGCAUCCAUCUUUCCUGAAGUCUAGCGCUAGUGAGAAACCGAUUACUGCAAAAUUUGAAGAGGGAAAGGGCUGGAUGGAUGAAGAUGGUAAUGUGUUAGAGGAGAUGACUAGCAAGAAGGCUAGAACCGCAGACUACCACCCAGGGAAGAAGGAUGACGCUAAGGAACGUCCUGUUGUCAAGGAAAAGUCUCGAAAAGCAGCCGCCAAAGAAAGGAAGCAGUCGCCCACUCCUGAUGAAGCGUCUUCGUCUGAAGAGGAAGAACCGGACUGGACCUCGUCUAGUGGCUCUUCGGAGAGCGAAAGUGACGAAUCCGACAAUAACUCUGGUAGUGAGUCCGACGACUCCUCGAUCAGUGACCGAAAAGCGAAACCUAUGAAGAAUGUUCAAACGACGGUCAAAUGCAAAGUUACCAAGAAUGAUGAACGAAACGAAGAAGAAAACAAAUCACCCAGCGAGAGCGACAAUGAUCUGGAAGGCAGUUCUGAGGUUGAUAGCGAAGCCAAGCCGCCAACAUCUUCUGAGCCCGCCGAAGCAACAACAAACCUCCAAGAGGUGCAUCCUCUAGAAGCCCUCUUCAAGCGUACACCAGCAGAAAAGAAUGUUUCAGAAUCUCCUAAGCCAACAUUUUCUUUUUUUGCUGACAAUGACGACGACAUUGAAGAUGAAGAAGAAGCUGCAACUUUACCACUCGAACCAUUGACGCCAUUCUCCAAACAAGACCGUCAAAUCAGAGACCUGAGAAGUGGUGCGCCUACACCAGAUACCGCGGUAUUUAAUCGACGCAAGCUUCUACUAUCAGAAGGUGAUAACGAUAACGAUGACGACGAGGAAAUGGAUACGGACGAUGAUUAUGAUCACACUCAGUUACUAGCUCAAGAAACUCCUUCAAAACCAAGGAUCGAGACAAGUACUCAACGACAACCAGAAGAAAGUGACUUUGUGAAAUGGUUCUGGGAGAAUCGUGGAGACAAUAACAGAGCUUGGAAACGAAGAAGACGGGAGGCAGCGAAGGAGAAGAGACAGCGCGAGAACCGGCGCAAGGGGUUGAAGGGGAGAGGUUAG